AGCUUCCGGCUCUGCAGACACGCUAUUGGCUGGUGUCGGUGCAGCAUGGCUGCCCUCUGUCUACACUUCUGCUGCUACAGACCUCCACUUACAGCCACACGUGUGUUCUAAGGGCAAUAUUGUUUUAUGGAAACCGGUCGCCACACGGUUUAGUGCUGUGUAAUAGUAUGAACUGAAAUGCUACGUUGUUGGUACCGUGUAGUCCUCUUGUUAGCCACCUGUCUACCUGCUAGCGCGUAAGCUGCCAGCCGAGACCCCGGUCAGCCUGUCAUCGAACACCGCUAGCCGCUUUAACAAUCUGUUCACGGUCAGCUGGAUCUUAAACCAGGAAGCGAACUAUUUUUCACGUCAAUAUAAGUUAGUAAACCGAGUAACCCCGCGGCUAAAUGCCCGAACAAGGCCCAAGGAUGAAUGGAUUUUCUAUCGGCGAGCUGUGCUGGCUGUUCUGUUGCCCGCCCUGUCCUAGUCGCAUCGCGGCUAAGCUAGCCUUCCUUCCACCGGAGCCGACCUACUCGAUACACUCCGAUGCUAACGGGGUAACUAGCUUACAUUUAACCGAGCGGGCGGACUGGCAGUACUCGCAGCGGGAGCUCGAUGCAGUGGAAGUAUUUAGCACCAGAAGUAGCCGGGGGAACCGGGUUGGAUGCAUGUUUGUGCGUUGCGCCCCGAACAGUCGGUACACACUGCUGUUUUCCCACGGUAACGCCGUGGACCUGGGACAGAUGUGCAGUUUUUACAUCGGCCUCGGCUCCAGGAUAAACUGCAACGUGUUCUCAUACGAUUAUUCGGGCUACGGAGUCAGCACCGGGAAGCCCUCAGAGAAGAACCUGUAUGCGGACAUAGAGGCGGCCUGGCAGGUUCUGAGGAACAAGUACGGUGUAACACCUGAGAAUAUCAUCUUGUAUGGUCAGAGCAUUGGCACUGUGCCCACCAUCGACCUGGCUGCUCGCUAUGAAUGUGCUGCUGUUAUCCUGCAUUCACCACUAAUGUCAGGGCUACGGGUGGCAUUCCCUGACACACGCAAGACCUACUGCUUUGAUGCCUUCCCCAGUAUUGACAAAGUGUCUAAGGUGGCAUCUCCAGUGCUGGUAAUCCAUGGUACGGAGGACGAGGUGAUUGACUUCUCCCACGGACUGGCCAUGUACGAACGCUGCCCCCGUGCAGUCGAGCCCCUUUGGGUGGAAGGAGCUGGCCACAACGACAUUGAACUGUACGCCCAGUACCUGGAGAGACUCAAGCAGUUUAUCUCCUUUGAGCUUGCCACUUCUUGAGAGGAGCUCAGUACUUAGGCCCAGGUUCAUCUCAACACACUCAAGAGCUUCUUCAGAAUUCCCCAAAUUCCUCUUUUAGGGGUCAGCAUGACUAGAGGAACAACAUCACACUGUUCCUCUCAGUCCUUGGAGCCAUUUCAAGGUGGGAAUAUUUAGUGCACUGGAACAGGAGGUGUGUUUUUGUUUAGUAUUUUUUUUUUUUUUUUUUUUUUUUUUAAAUUGUAGAGGUGCAACUGAAGGGUAGGCCAGUCCAAUCCAGGUGUGAAGGCAUAACAUGUACUGUCCAUAAAACUGACUGGUGCCUACUACACAUGAACCCAGAUUGCCAGAUACCCAGGGCCUAUACAGUGUUUGCACUGGCUAUUCAAUCUAGGUUUAUUGUCCACUCCAACUCUCAACCUCUUUUCCUCCUCUGCUCAGCCUGUCUCCUCUCCUUUUUUAUCAGUGUCUGUCUGUGAGCUUCUGUCUCACAUUUCCUUAUUCUUCCCUCUGUUUUUUUUCUCAUCAGCUCCUGCAUCUUUUUUUUUGACUGAUAGUCUUUGCAAUGCUGAUUUUUGUAUUCUUUUAUACAAGAUCAAGAAGUAUCAAUUUUGCACCGUGAGAUACAAUUUUUGAAGUUUUUUACUUUUCUGUAAUUUUAAGUUAACAUUCAGGGUUGAUUGACAGUGGCACUUUAAAUGUGCAGCUAUUUUCAGGUAAAGAUUUUUUUCCUGUGUUUGGAAAUGUAUGUUAAUUUUUUUUGUUAAUGGCAUUCCAUGUUUUUUUUGUUUGGUCGUUUUUUGUUUAAUUUCAGGUGGGUGUGUGUUUGAAAGCCAUUACCCACAAUUCACUUCUGCAUAUCUGGGCUUUGCAGCUGUGAUCUUUGAAGUCAUGAUGCAUGCUACUCUCUCCUAUGAGAUGUGAACAAAAAAUCCUGAGAUUAUGCUUAGAAAAAUCAAAGAACGUAUCUAUUUGACAUUUGGCCGCCAUCCCUGUUGAAGUAUUCUCCUUGUACAGUGAGACAGUGCCUCAGCAAGUUCUUCUGCAACUCUUGUAAUGGUGCCUGGGAGUCCCAUUGUGUUACCAUGUCAAGCAGCAUAUGCUUUGAGCGCUGAAUCUCUUAAACUAUGACAAGAUGUGUAUUAUUUCACAUGAAUUUCAUUUUGAGGAAGAAAAAAGAAGUCACAUGGAUCAAAUGGCCGAACACUUGUGCUUAAUAACCAUGUUAUGACAAGUGCACAGGGCAGUUUGAGCACCCACAUGUCAUUUUCACCACAGUUCAGUUUGUUUGUUUGCUUCAAAUGUUGUCCCUCAGACAACUCUGGACUUUACACUACAACUUUGUUUUGACAGCCCAAUCAUGAGGAACAAAUUCAUGGUGCAUCACCACAUGUACAGUUGAAGCCACAAUUUUUGGCCCCCUAUAGAAUUUUGUGGAGUUUUUUUCAAACUUCUCCAAGGUGAAUUUUUAACAGAUGAUUUUCAAUAUAGCACUUCUAGAUGUACUAGUUUUCUUCAGAAAGCAUGAAUUAAUUUUUGUUUUUACACAAUAAAGAAUAAUUUUAGAAAAAUAAAUACAUUAGCCCCCUUAAAAACUGACCUUUUUUAUUGAGCCAAAGCACAAACCAUUGUUGUGCAAUCAUGUGCUUUAACUUUAUAAUGCUCACACCUUGUAGUCAAUCAGUCAAGUUAGAAGAAUCCAUGCCCAGAACAAAUGAAAUCAGUUUAGACUUGAGAAAAAUAAUGGUUGAUGCUUACAAAGUAGAAGAAGGGUAUACAAAGUUCUCACAGUGUUUCCAAGUGUCUAGAAAUGGAGUGUGAAGUAUCAAGUACAAAGACAGCCACACAGCACAGAACAACUGUGGCAGAGGUGGGAAAUUAAAGAUUUCAAAGACUCUGGAGAGAAAACUUGUGAGAGAUGUGUCUAAAGAUCUGUCAAAAGAACAACCAUCAAAACACUAGUUAAUGACUAGGCCAAGUCAGGAAUUGUAGUGUCAAUUCCCUGAACAGAAAUGGACUGCGAGGAUGCAGGCCAGGAAAAACUCCACUUCUACAUAAGAGAUACCUUCAAGCCAGACUGAUGUAUGCUACGGACAAUGUGGAGAAAGUUUAUGGAUAUUGGAAGCUUGUCCAUUUUUGACAUGAGGCCAAACUAGAACUGUUUGGCCAUAGAGAUGUUGCUUAUGGUUGGAGAAAGAAGGGAGAGGCGUAUAACCCAAAGAACACCGUCCCCACAGUUAAACACGGCCGUGGCAGUAUUAUGCUGCAGGGAUGCUUCAGUGUGUCUGGAACUGGGAACCUUGUCAAGAUUGAAGGAAUCAUGAAGACAGAAGGAUAUAUGAAGAUUUAGAAAGACAACCUCAAGCUGUCGGCUGUAAAACUGGCUCUGGGUCGUCGCUUUGCCUUCCAACAUGACAACGACCCAAAACAUACAUCACUCCUGGUGAAGAAUUGCCUCCAGAAGAACAAAGUGAACAAUACUGACUGGCCUGCACAAAGUCCUGACUUGAGUCUCAUUGAAAAUCUGUGGGGUCAACUGAAGACCAGGGUCCAUGCCCAAAAGACCAUCAAAUCUGGAAGAGCUUGAGAAAUCAGCCAAAGAGAAAUGGGCUGGGAUUCCUCAGGAGGUGUCAGAGACUUGUUACAGACUACAACAAACAGCUGCAAAAAGGAUACACAAUUGACUAUUAGCGUCAAGGGGUCUAAUAAUGAAAAGCUAUGCUAAAAUUUCCUUGAUCUGUUUAACGGCACUUGGAAAUUUAUAUUAAAAAAAUCAUAAGGGGGCUAAUAAUUUUGUCUUCAACUGUGUGUUAAAGAAAACAGUGAGUGUGCUCCUGACCUGAUGCUUCUUCUGUCAUCUCAAACACUGCGACUCAUAUGUUAUGAUUACUGCUGUUUUCCUGGUAGUAGCUGCACACCCACCUAUUGCCAGUAAUGGUUCUCGACACGAAGGUUGGAACAUCCUCACAGUAAAUGUUUUCUUCUCGGUCCACGGAAAAAUCACAAAUGUGCUCCUACCAGUGCUCCCAAAAAUGUGCAACAUAGUCCAGCUGUGACGGUUACUGCUCACAGAGGCUGUAUGCCCAUAAAGCAGUCUUUGUGUGCCCAACACAAACUGGCCCUAAGCAUUUUUAUAACACCAAGUACAGGGAGAAGAUAAUUCCAAAGUUCACUGAGUAGUCUAGUGAUAUAAAGUACACCUGCUUACUGGUGAAACCACAGUUCUGGAGGACAAUUAUUUCCAUUUCAGUAUACUGGAGCUCCUGACAUGUUCUACAUACAAACAAUGCCUUUAGUACUUUGUUCACAAUUGUUGUCCACAUGACACCAUGAUAGGCAGAGGUACAGGGAGGCAUGAAGCGAAGUGGUUUAUUUUAAUACGUUGUGAUGGGUGAAUCAUCUAUAUGCAGAGGACCUAAGUGAUUUGUAAAAUGGUUCCAUAGGUGAUUACCUGAACAGAUUUUAUCAGCCUAUGUUGCAGAAUACAAAUACAUCUCACCAGCCUUGGUAAAGAAAGAGCGAUAACCCAUAGUCUAAUUAGUGUCAUUGUGUUUACAUACAUAUCAGAAUUCUCACUGCAUCUGUGAAUGUUGUCACCAUACAUUUGACACUUAGUAACACAGCAAUGAUGUCCCAAAUGCCACAUAAUAAAGACCCUUACCUCAGUAGAAGAGAGAGCAGCAGGCAUCAAGGCUGUGCUUUGGUUAACUGGAGAUCAUAUGAUAUCAAAAAAAAAGACUGAAAAUGACAAGUAUGACUGACAAGAGAAAGGACUUUGAGCUAAAUAGUGUGAAAUUGUUCAAGACAAAAAUGCUGUUGCUGGGUUUGCAUGUGUAUUCCUCAGUCCUUUCACACUAAAAAUGAAGCCUUACAUCUGUACACAUUUCAUCCAGACAACUGUUGACUACAACAGGGCUCGCGUGGUCUUCAGGGGACUGAUAACUGCUGCUAUUCAUCUGAGGAAUCAGUCGAUCACUGUGAAAGCCAGACUGUUUGAGAAAUACUGCAAUGACAGCAAGGUACUCCAACCAAAUUCAACCCAACCACAGCCAUCCUCUUUUGUCUGCCAAGUGUUCCUGCCUGCAGUGACAAGGAACUGUCCAGGGAAGCCCUCUUUUCUAACACCGUUGCUACCACAAAGGGAGAAAUGGAGCAUCAUGGAUGGAAAUGUGCGACACUGGCGAAUGACCUUUCACAAUUUGUGGACAUUUAAACUUCUAAUAAUAGUAUUUGAAAUAAUUUGUUCUUUGAUUCCUGCAAAUGGUGGGGAAAAAAAUGAAGUAAAACACUAACCAGUUAAGCUAAACAAUCACAUUGAGGUAAAUAUAUGAAUGCUGAGUAUGUUUUUGGAAAACAAUUGUUUGAGGGAUAUUUGCAUAGGAACUUGUAAUGAUCAUUUGAUCACUGUAUUGCUGUGAAGUGAUUUGUCAGUUCUAUAGUAGUGUUUUCUGAUCAUAGCUAAUGCUGGGAUACUGUUUUUGGAUAAAAAGCCUUUAAUCAUCCCUAGUAUAUUUCCUCUAGUUUGUCUUUUUAAAGGAAACGAAGACCCUGCUUUAGAUCUGAUUAUUGUUUUGAUACUGACAUUUUUAUGAGGUUUUCCAGUCUAAAUGUUAAUAGAUUUACACUGUCUCUUAAACUGGUUUGUAUAAUAAGCCUCUGUAAUCGUGUACUUCAAUAUCUUAUCUAUACAUAUUAGCCUUUUCACAGGGCUGGCAAGUCUCAUUGAUUUUAACACUGGAAUCACAAUAUGCAAAUGAAAGGCAGAUGAAGCUAGUAGAUUCAGAUAUUGGUAUUAGAGUGUAAAACAAAACCAAUGAAAUAAGCCUUAAAUAUGCUGUGAAACGUACAUUGUGGUUCUCGCAAGAAGGCAGCAAAGUCUAUGCUGCUUAUAAUGGAAUAAAGGAUGCAUGGAAGUAUAUGUCUCAUCUUGUUUCUCUGUGGUGAAUAGAUUAAAGAACUGUAUUAUGAGUGCCACUGUGCCUCUGAAACCUU